CGGCGGGGUGCUGGGGGUGGCGGGGUGCGGGCGCGCCGCCGCCGCUGGGAAAAAUGUCUGAAAAACUGAGAAGAUGCAGAAAGGAACUGACUGCAGCCAUUGACCGAGCCUUUGAAGGAGUCAGUCAUUCCCAGGAGUGCUCAGGCCAGCAGAGGCUGGAGCUGGACGCAGCCGCGCUCUCUUUCCCCCUCCCUGUGCACCGGCUCCUCUGCAGAAGGCACCCGCUGGCAGCUUGCGCCUCUGCUGCUCCUUUCCCUCCUCUCCCAUGUGCUCCUGAGAAUGAGAGCUCUGCCUUUGCACCAAACCAUGCCCCAGUGAGUGCAAAGUCACCAGCUUUGUGCCCCAAAAGAAAACCUCUGACCAGCAAGGAAAAUGUAAUGAUGCAUACCUCCAUUUUGGCACCUGAAAGACAGUUUUGGAGAGUGGCAGGAGAUGGGGAGAACUGGAGAAAAGAAACUCUAAGGAAAGAUUUGGAAAAAGAUUUGAAGGUUGACUCAAACUUGCCACUAAGCAAUUCUAGCCAAGAGGUCACAAAGGAUCUGCUUGAUAUGAUUGACCAUACGAGCAUCCGAACUAUUGAAGAAUUGGCUGGAAAACUAGAAUUUGAAAACGAGCUGAACCGUGUGUGUGGUCAUUGUGAAGAUUCGCCAUUCAAGGAAGAAGCCUGGACCCUGCUGGUGGACGAGAGUCCCCAAAAGGCCACAGAUGCUGAUCCUGGCUGCCUGAAGCAGGCCUUCGAUGAUCACAAUAUCAUUCAGACUGUUCUGGACUUGGAAGAGGAUUACAAUUUGAUGACCUCUUUUAAAUACCAACUUGAGUAAGGGAUGGUUGAUUUUAUUUCUGAUUUUUUGCAACAGAAGGCUCUCGUUAAGUCAUCUGUACAGAAACAGUCACAACUGUCACAAAGACCACACUUUUCAAAGAUGAGCAGAACUUAAAUUGUCACACUUGUUUUAAGUUCAGUUGUAUCUAUUUUUGAACGAAGGGCCCAGUUUUUUUGUUCUGUUGUUUUGAAAUGCUCCUUUCUGUUGAUUUUUAAAAAUUUUUCUUGAUGUUUUGAAAAAAAAAAAAAAUUUUAUGUUUAAUAUACCCAAGGCAGGUGCAGGUCCUGGGCCAUUGCUGUGUGUCUUGGUG